ACCUUCCACUAACCACACACACAUUUCUUUUCUUCUCUUGGUUGUUUUGUGAAAAAAAUCACUAUGCGUGGAUCCUUAAAAACAUAUAUUUAAGAAUCAUCGUUUAAUGAUGUUUGUUUCAUUUUCAAUAUAAACAAAAUCGCUUUAACAAACCACCUAUUAUAUAACCUUGUCGGUUGUAUAGUUUACACAAGUCUUUCUCAAACACAAAAACCAUUGCUUUGGCCAAACCACUACUCUCAUCUUCCAUUGGUGGAUCUUAUUUUCCUCUCCAAAAAAAUCACUUCUUAGUAAAUACAUAUAUAAUAACUUCCAUCUUUUCUUCAAAAAAUCAAUCAAAAUGCUUUAUUUUCUUAUAUCUUUUCUCUCCUUUCUUAUGAUCCUUUCAAAAUCCUUUACAAAUAAAUCAAAUGGGACAAAACAUGUUUUUUAUGUGUUUUGUGGAAAGCUUUUUAGUUUUCUAGCUUCUAGGAUCAAAACAAGAACUAGUUUUUUUCAACUUUCUCUUUUCAUUCAAUCACCAAACAAGAGUUUGGUACUAUCCAAACUUGAAGAGGAUCAAAGCAAAGUUUCUCUCUUGGAUUUGCAUGAUUUGCCAUUAGAUUGCAUCCUUGAAAAGCUUUCACCAAGUGAGUUAUGCAAUGUGGGAAAAGUGUGUAAAUCUCUUAGAAAAAGUUGUAGAAGUGAUUAUUUAUGGGAGAAACAUAUGAAGAUGAAAUGGGGUAAAGUGUUUGGUGAUGCUGCUUAUAGAGAAUGGAAAUGUUAUGUAGCUUCAAGAAACAUAGAGAAGAGUUCAAAAAAUCAUCACAAGAAUCAGAAAAACAUACUUCAUGAUUUUCUUCACUUGUUUUGGAUUAAAUCUAAAGCAGAAAAAUAUGUGAAGUUAAAGCUUGAUGAUUCUAUUGCUUCUCUUUAUCUUUCUCUUGAGAGUGGAAGUUUUUGGUUCCCUGCUCAAGUUUAUAACCGUGAGAAUGGUCAUGCUGGGUUUAUGCUCUCAUGUUAUGAUGCUCAACUUUGUUAUGACUCUAGAAGUGAUACUUUUCAAGCAAGGUAUUCACCUCAUGGUAGAUGGACAACUGAGGAAAACAUAAAAUGGGAGAGGCUAAGAGUGCCACCUAUUGACUCUUGUUCAUAUGUUCUUCAUGUCUCUGAUUGCUUGGAUGAUUUAAGGCCUGGUGAUCAUGUUGAAAUCCAGUGGAGAAAAAACAAGGAGUUCCCUUAUGGUUGGUGGUAUAGUGUGAUUGGUCAUUUGGAAACAUGUCAAAUACAAGGAAACCAUUGUCAAUGUCACAAUAAAGAUAUAGUGAUUUUGGAGUUCAGACAAUACAAAGUUGGUUCAAGAUGGAGACAAACAAUGAUAAACAGAAAGAAUCAUAGAGAAGAAGGGAAUGGGAUUGAAGGUUUUUAUGGAGGGAUCAGAAAGUUACAUAGCAAGGAGGAAAUCACAAAGUGGAAGAAUCUUAGGCCCAUAAAAAUUGUGGAAUAGCAUGAUUAAUAAUAGCUUUAGAACUAUGUAAAUCUACUAAUCCAAAUUCCUAAAAUGUGAAUGUGAAGGAUUGAAGGAUUAGUUUUUUCAAAGAAUGGUAAAUGGUGAGGGAAAAUGGAUUGGAGGUGGAAAUUGGCCCAUGAGUUGACAAUUACAAAGUAGUCAUCAUCUUUUAAUCUUAAUAGGGCCAAUAUAUUUUAACCAACAAGAGGGGGACUUGAAUAAGAAGUUUUCGGCUAUUUGUGGAAGCUCAUUUGAUAAAUUGGCCAAUCACGGAGAUGUUAGUACAUGGCGGAAUUUGAAUUGGGACAUUGAGAAGAGCAUACUCUCAAGUCUAAGUCUUCAUUAACAGAUCAAUUCUUAGGGUUUAAUGAGAGAGUUAAUUUUUUAUUGUCUAUAAUUCAGGAAAAAACCUCUAUUAUUGGGGAGUUUCAUUUUUCAAUCAAAUGUCUAUCCAAAAUAUAAAUUACAUAUUUACACACCGAAAGGAUAACAAUCUCGAUUUCCUCCUUACUAUUAAUAUAUAUAUACAUAUUUUUUUUCUAACUGUUUAGUCUUUACGACAUUUUUAUUGGUUUAGUUUUUAAUUCAAGUGAUUGCUGGAAUUACAUGUCAUUAAUGAGUAAU